AUGAAGAUAAGCAAGAGGAAGAGGAAGAAGUUUAAAAAGCAAAAUAUUAUGUCCUUUAAAGUUGCUAAGUUACUUUCAUAUGAGAAAUUGAUGGCAUUUGUUAAGUCUAUAGACAAAGGUUGGGUUGGAAAUGUAAAGGAAGAUUUUUGCUAUGACUUAAAUGAGGAUGAGAAAGUGAAUGGGUGUUACAGAUCUUUAACACAAUAUUUGCCAUUUCUGGCAUCAUUCUAUUUAAAGGUUGCUCAGGAGAAUCUCGUAUGGUUUAAUAAUGAGAUCAACACUUUUCAUGUGGCGCUGGGUGGUGACGGGGCCCCUUUUGGGAAAGACGACACCGCCUGUUCAUGGCUGGUGAGUUUCCUUAAUAGGGGUAAACACAUCUUAAGUAACAGUGAAAAUUUUCUUAUUUUUGGGGCAAACUGUUCAGAAAGUUCGCCUGUUGUUCAGCGAUAUGUUAAAUUUCUUUUUCGCGAGAUGUCAGAAAUUGAGAAGAAAACAUUCCAGGUUAAUGGAACAGAGGUCAGGUUUAUUUUUUUCCGAAUUUCCAAAUGA